AGUUAUAGUUUCAGAUUAUAUUUUUUAUUAAUUACAUUUGAUUAUUAUGCAUAGCCAAAUAAGUCUGUUUAAACCAAAAGUAUAAAGAAACCUGCAAUUAUUAAUAUUCACCGAUUAAUUACAUUGACCAUAACUUGCAUAGUUUUAGAAUCUUUAUCAAAAAAGAAGUCAAAAUGUUAUGAAAAUUAGUUAUUUUAAAUAAUGAAGCAAGAAAAAAUAAAAAGGAUUUCGAAAACUGUCUAGUCAUUAAUGGGAAAGGCGAGAUGAAAACAUCAAAAUCUAUAUGAUUGGCGGAUAAAACUUGAAAAUGUUUCUAAUAAUAACCUUCAACUUCUUUUGGUUAGUUAGCAAUCAAACUGGUUUAACGAUUUUGAGACUGUUUUUUUAAAAUUUCGAUAGUAUUUUUUUCCUCCUUUACUAACUUGUGUCAACUAUUAUCUGUACUUCAUCACUUCUAUUUUAAAAAGGAUUCUAAUAAUAGAUAUUAAGAGCAGUUGUUAUAAAACACCAUGUAUAGUUAAGGGGAAAAAUAGCUAUUUCAUUUUUCGUUGAUCAGAAUAAUUGAAACAAAUAAUGUUGAAAAUCUAAAAUAAAUAAGCAGAUUAAAAAUUAUCAUCUUUUAUAUUAGCUUUAGAUUCACUUAUUGAAACUUUAAACAGUUUAUUUAUUAAUUUGAUUUUAGCAACAUUUUCUUAGUAUUUUAAAAUUUAUCCUAAUUCGUAUGCUUUUAAUCAAUAUCAUCGCAAAAAUUAAAGAAAAUCUUAAUUAACUCGUGACAAAACAGAACUUUUGUUUUAAUUACGUUUUAUUCAAGUAGCAAUAGUUAUAAAAUCAUGAUAACCAUUGAUUUUGGAGCGAUUAAAACCGUUUAUAAAUAAAAGAGAAUAAAUUAUACUACAGCAGAAAGAGAACAGUGUUGAGAGAAAAUUUCUUUUUAUCCCUGUAGCAAGGUUUUGCUUUCUCUCCUAAUUUUAAAUUAUAAAAAUUAAUGUUGUAAUUUGUUAAAUCUGUUCUGUUACUUCUUAUUGAGUAAAUUAAUAUUCGCCGGUUUUUCAGUAUCAAAAUAAAAACUACUUCCGGAAAUGUUCCAUUUUGUAUCCAUCUCCCUUCCCCUCUUUAUCCUGCUGAACAAUUCUUGAUUUCCCAGCAGACGAUGCCAAUUUCACGCCCUCGUUAGAGACGCAUCGAUGUUGGUUAACAAACUAGAUAACAGAUGGCAGCAUCAGUUAGUCAUCGUCUUAAACUUUCUUUUUUUUUUCGUUCGACACACCACCGAGUGAGCGAAAGAGUUGUUUAGCUUUUUACCAGCAACAGAGUACGGUUGAGAGUCGGUUUGCCGAGUAAUGCGAGUGUUGAUGACCGGUCACUCGGUUCGCUCAAUGUGCCGGACGAUAAUAGUUACAAAAUAAAUAAAGAACAAAAGAAAGGGAAAGCGUGAAAAAUCCUUCACACGGUAGCUGAUGCUGCACAAAGUCUUUCCCGUUACAAGAGGGAGACUUUUUUUUAUAACUUUUUAUGGUCAAUAUGAACUGUCCGAAGCAAAUAGUCUCUCCGUAGCUGUGGAUUAUUAGCUGAAAAACUAGCUGCAUUACUUUCUCCAAACAAUGCCCUCCGGCACUUCAGGUAAGUGAAGCUGCAAAUGCUAUUACCCCAUUCAUGCUAUUACCCCAUUUGUGUGAAGACAAGUUAUGAUGCUGCUUAUAAAUGAAAUCGUCACGCGAGAUGAGAUAAAAUGUUAUUGCAACGUUUGUCCUAAAGCCAGUGACAAUGGAACUUGUAUCACUGACGGAAUGUGCUAUACCGAAGUCCACAAACGCCAAAAUGGAAGUAACUACUACACCCACAGCUGCCUCAGUCGAGAAAAGUGGUUACCACCUGAUUUCCCAUUUAUCUGUCGUCACGAUAAUACACAAAAGUAUGGAGUCCUCUGCUGUUUUGACGAAGACUACUGCAACAAAAAUUUAUAUCCCUCACUACCUCCUGUUGAAGUCACGAAUGAGGUCACGUUCGGCGUUUACGAGACCGCCCUCUUUGUUAUGUGUCCUGUCGUCCUACUGUUAGCCAUUCUCAUAUUCGUUCUGUGCCUGUGGUACCAAAAAGACAAGCUCAGGCAAGCACGGUCAGACAUUGAAGCCAACCACGAAAACAUGAUCCCACUCAUGGAUCCUACGAUCAAAGACAUGAUCAAUGGUACAACAUCAGGUUCAGGCUCUGGUUUGCCUCUCCUACUCCAAAGAACCAUAGCUAGGACGAUAGCACUGAGUGAAUGCGUAGGAAAGGGACGCUAUGGUGAAGUAUGGAAAGGCAGGUACUUGGGAGACACAGUUGCAGUUAAAGUAUUCUCCUCGAGAGACGAGAAAUCCUGGUUCAGGGAAGUACAAAUAUAUCAGACAGUCAUGCUAAGGCACGAAAACAUACUCGGCUUCAUAGCGGCCGAUAAUAAAGAUAAUGGUACGUGGACGCAGCUAUGGCUCAUCACGGAGUACCACCCAAAUGGUUCCUUAUUUGAUUACCUCAGUCACAAUUCUAUAGACAGUGCCACUAUGUAUAAAAUGGCUCUUUCCGUAGCCAAUGGCUUAGCACACCUGCACAUGGAAAUCCUUGGGACAGAAGGAAAACCAGCCAUUGCACAUAGAGAUUUAAAGAGUAAAAAUAUUCUUGUCAAAACAAACCUCACUUGUGCCAUUGCCGAUCUUGGCUUAGCAGUUCGUUUCGAUUCCAUGACGAACACUGUAGAUAUAGCUCCUAAUCCUCGAGUAGGCACAGUACGGUACCUUGCCCCUGAGGUACUGGACAACUCAAUAAACCUCAACUCCUUCGAGUCCUGCAAGAGAGCUGAUGUUUAUGCCUAUGGUCUAGUCUUAUGGGAAAUAGCGAGGCGGUGUAAUAUUGAAGGUAUCUAUGAAAACUUCCAGAUGCCAUAUUUUGAUAUGGUUCCUUGUGAUCCCACCAUUGAAGAAAUGCGUAAAGUUGUCUGCGAUGAUAAGCAGAGGCCCAAUGUUCCAAAUAGGUGGCAUUCUAUAGAAAAUUUACGAGUGAUGGCAAAGUUAAUGAAAGAAUGCUGGUAUCAAAAUGCUGCUGCCCGCCUUACAGCUUUGCGCAUUAAGAAAACAAUAACAGCCCUUGGAGCACCCAAAGACAUGAAGAUCUGACCCUAACCACCAUUAUAAAUUCAUUUUGCUUUUAUUUGUUUUUGUUUUUUUCUGUGUUCACUCCAAGUGGAACAACUAAAGCCAGUGAUUUCAUUGGGUAACUUAUUUACGUUAGUCACUGAAAAAAGAAGAAGAAAAAACUAUGCUGCAAACGAUAUCUGCAGCUUUGAAAUGAAAUGAAGUGACUUUUCCUUGAUAGUGGGUUGUAUUUUUUACUGGUUAAUCCUUGUGCAAUCUUUGAAAGCUGAGCUUUCAAUGCGUCUGAGUGUGUGAUGAAAAUUUCCCUUUUCUACUUCAAUCCAGUAAAAAUAAACCAACAAAAUAGAUAGAAAAGUGGGAAAAGUUUCGUUGCAAUUUCCAUUUGUGGAGGGAAAUUCCAUAACUCAUCCUGCUGUCGAAUAUCAUUAAAACAAUGGUGCUAUACUGUUUCGAGAGUAGAACAAAAAAUUCGUAAAGUUUGCAUCAUUCAUUAGAUUUCUAAAACAACUUCAAUAACAGAUUUAUUUAUGCUUAACAAAUUACAUUUACAAAUUUAAUUUUCACGUAGAAUAAAAUUUUUUAAAUUACAA